AUCUGUCAUUCACGACGUAAUGUAACACGGGAUUGAGGUUAUGUAAUAGUAAAUAGUAUUCGAUUCGGAAGUUUACAAAUUACAAUUAAAUACCUAUCUGCUCUGCUUUUGCGAAUUUCAGUGAAUUGGGAUCGAUAGAGUAAUUCUUCACCGUUAUUAUACAUUACUCAUACUAAGCUUAAAGUGUAAAGAAAGUUUCCACGGGACCAUACAAUAACAUGUCUUUCUCUAUAAGAUGCUGCAGAUACGUGUUUACUCGUAUAACCAGGGCAAAGAUUAAUCGAAGGGCGAUUUCCAAAAUUGCAAUACACUGCGCACCGGGUAGCAGGUCGACUGUACCUUGUGCGCUAGGCUUUACGCUUUACACAUUGCUGGGAUUCGAGAAAAAAACAACAGCUGAAGACGAACUUAUAGAAACAAUCAAGCACUGUAUUCUAUUUAUCCAGAGAAAUGAGUUUGUCAAGGGAGAGCAACUCCUGCAUGUAGCCCUGCGGCAGGCGCAACAAGUCAACAACCAGCUCGCUAUCACAUACAUCUAUGACGUCAUGGCUAACUUAGCACUAGAAAGGGAACAGUUUGAUAAGGCCAAAACAUUGUUCAUAAAUGUUACUCAAAGAUUAAUGGCUGAUGGUGCUAAGGAGGAUGAUCUGCGAGUCAUCCACAUUAGCAUUAAAUUAGCAAGAAUAAGUCAUUUACAAAAAGAAUAUGCUACAGCGCAAAUAGGGUAUGAUUGGUGCCUACAGAAACUUAAUAAGGCAUCCAACUUGAGUAAAAAUGUUACACCACUAAUAAUGAUGACUGAAGACUGGUAUGGCAGACUGUUUCUUGAAUGUAAUCAGGCUGAAAAUGGAUCUAAACUCAUGCUCAGUGCACUGGAACGGAUGAAAACUGAUGCAACAGCAGAUAAAGAACACAUAAUCCAACAAAUGAGUGAUUUGGGAGCAGUUUAUUGUGAAUACCUAGGAAAAGUUGAUGAAGGAAUAUCAUUUUUGAAGGAAGCUAUUGAAACAGCUAAAGAUGUAGCAGGUUACAAUGAACUGGGUCCUGUUUAUGUGAAUCUUGGGAGGGCAUACAUGAAGAAGAGAAUGCUAGAAGAGGCCAGGAAGAGCUGUGGCUACGGCUGGAAGCUCGGCUACCUGUCCAAAAAUGAGGAAGUACAACAAGAAGCUCAGCAGUGUAUUAAGGAAAUAAAUAAUUUAACUACCUAGGUUAUUGUCUUUCUAUUACCAGUCUGUAAGUUAGUUUUUAUAAAUAAUAUACUUAUAGUAGCAGAGUUUGAUGCAGACAAAUGACAAACCUAGGGGUUUGGGCACUAAUAUUAAUAAUAUAAUACAAGUUAUAAAAUUAUGAAAUAUUUUAUUACAAAAAUUCUGUUUAUGACAUUUGUUUGUGAAAUGUAAACCUAUUGGUUGGUAUCACUUUUUACUUCUUUAACAUAAAAUAACUUUUAAAAAAACUUAAAUGCACUGGGGAAAGUAACAUUUGAACAUAAUGUAGAUAUUUCUACCUAAUGUUUAUGUUUUAAUCUCUUAUGCACUUUCCUUGGAGACGCUGAAGGGUUCAG